CCCGGAAAAAUGAGCCUCAAGUAAAGCAUUUCGUUCCAUCCUCUCUCUCUCCCCAAACCAAACCCUAAUAUCUCUCUCUCUCACUCUCUCCCCCCCUCUCUCUCUCUCUCUCUCAAACGCACAUAUUUUGCAUUUCGGUUAUGCGAAGAUGUUCGAUACCAAGGACGAUAUAGCUCAUCGGAGAUCGUCGUUCUCGUGCGCCGUGCCGUUCGUGAUCAUCUCCAGCCUCUCUCGCCGGAGCUUGUUGUACAAUAAGCUACCGCAGAAGCCUCUCAAGAUCACUGUUCUCAAAUUAGACGACUCUUCAUUCGAAAUUGAAGUUGCGAAGACUGCGACGAUAGCGGAGCUGAGGAAUGCGGUGGAGGAUGCGUUUAGCCAUUUACCAAGACAAGGAUCUGGCACGGUUUCGUGGUCCCAUGUGUGGGGGCAUUUCUGCUUGUGCUUUGAUGGUGAGAAGCUUCUUGAUGAUAAUAAAUAUAUUGCUGAUUAUGAGAUCAGGGAUGGUGAUCAGCUGCUUUUUGCACGCCAUCUGUCCAUCAACUACGAUAUGAAAAGAAAGAGAUCACCGGAGCAGAUUGGUGACUUUGAGCAAUCCAACAUUUCAAAUACAGGAGAACUAGAUGAAGAAAUUGAUCCUGGAAACCAUGAGAGUUGUGAUGAUAAAAAUCCUAGGCAGUACGACGAGGAGGAUAGGUUUUCUGUUACUACAAAUGAGCACAAGCUGGCGGCCAUGUUAAAGGGAUGGUUCUCGUAUCGCAGAGUUUCUUUGAGUCCCGAAUCAAACUGAAGCAUAGAGUUUCUUCAGAUCCUGAAGUGGUUUACUGGGCAAUUUCAAAAAUGUAAUAUUGGUCCAUAACAAUAAGCAAAACCCUCAGACGAAGAUUUGGAAAGCAGAACAAAUCCAGUAAGGUUGCACUACUGCGAUCUGAUUCACCCUUGUUCACCGUUCAAGAGUAGAUUUGAAGCCUGUGAUGAUCCAAAACUCUAUAUAUUCUUUAGUACAUUAGGGACUGUCACUUUUUACAAUUAGAAUUAGUUGUGAGAAUGGAUUCUUGUCUGGCCCUGUAGUGUGAAGAAACCUAUAAUACAUCAUGGUUCUUUCUUUGGUUAAAUAAUGUCUUUGGGGAUUAUCUUAA